AUGUCAACUACAGCGCCUACCUCUACUUCCACAGCCCCCGCUACAGGCUCCUCGUCAUCCUCGCCAUCUUCGCUCUCCCCUCGGCCGCCGACGUCUCCUCCUCCCACUAUCACAUCGCCCUCCGUCGCCCACGCUCACGCCCACGCGCAAAUCCCCUCCGCAUCGCAGCAAACCUCUCCGCCCCCGCCGCAGCUUCAGCCCACCCUCCCGACAGAAGAGUCGCAGCGCCAUGUCGCCGAAGCACGCCGCGCCGUCGUCGCAACGCUGGAGAACAUGAUGGACUCAGAGCUGCAGUGGCGCGCGUCGACGCUGCACUCCAACGCUGCGGUGUUGAGCAAGCAGGCCCAGGACGUGCAGCGUGCGACGGACGGGCUGCGUCGCGAGAACGUCAAGCUAGCGCGCGAGGCGGAUGCUGCGGGGCGCAGGCUCAAGGAGCUCGGUAAUGUGCAGAACUGGGCUGAGGUACUGGAGCGCGACUUUCUCGUUCUUGAGGAGACUGUCAGGUUGGCGAAUAGCGAUCGGAGCUGUAGCUGCAGCGAGUGUGGCAGCUACAGUGGGAGCGAAAGUGAAGGCGAAGAGGGUGAGCGGGGGAUGGAUCUGGAUAAAGAUGAGAGAGGCAAGGGCGUUGAAGGCCGUAAGACGUUGGAUGUCGAGAUGGAGAUUGAUGCAGAGAAUCAUGCGCCAGGCACAUUCUCGGAUGCCAGUCGAAGCUUGACUGAAGCAGAGUCAAGUGUAGGCAGAGGGGCCAAGGGAUCAGAUACAGCGUCCAUGUCUACAAUGUCACGAUGA